AGUUUACCAACACUAAUCUUUGAUGGGCGUAAAAACUCAUUGAUAAAAACGAAAUCGCUUUAAAUUAUAAGUUCGGGGGGCGGGCUAAGGACCAAAAGAACGUGGAGCAUGUCGGAGCUGAAGGCGCCGUCGCUGCAAUCGCUGCUGGAAUCGGAGCGCGGCUCCACGGACAGCUUGCUGGCCGAAUCCCUGCAGUUGGAUUUUGAGGAUCUUGAUGAUGCCGAGUUCGCCAUUCCGCCCACCGAUGUGCUACCCUCUUUGGAGGCGGUGCUCAGUGAGUUCGAGGCAGAUUCGGAUGUGGCCUCCGAGUUGGGAAUGCCGGUGCCCUACGCCACACCCACACCUUCGAUUGGCGAGGAUGCCACAAUAAGAACGGAUGGCAGAGGCGGUGGAGGGUCCAUCAUGCGAUACACCCUGCUUCACGGCAUCUCCGCCCAACUUUCCUCCGCCGCGGAGCGUGUAAAUGCCGGUGCAGCAAGUUCAUGUGCCGUUUCCGCUUACAUAGCCGUUGGAACUUCACAUGGACACAUUCUCAACUUCGAUGUCACUCAGACUUUGAGGUGGGCCCAUCAGGACAAACAUGGACAAGGAGCAGUGGCCAGUUUGGCCUUCAAUGCGGAUUCAACACGUCUUUUGGCCGGUUACUCAAGGGGAUUGGUCGCCAUGCUGGACACUCAAACAGGAGAUGUUCUUCGGGAGUUGUUCGAUGUGAUAACCCCGAACACUGGAGUACUGCAUGUGAAGUGGACCUCUAGAUCCUCUCUAGCUUUGUGCGCAGAUGCCGGAGGAUCCGUUUGGUCACUUAGUUUUACAAGGAAGCUGGGUAUCCGAGGUUGCCAGUCUAGAUGCCUCUUUUCCGGUGCUCGCGGGGAAGUCUGCGCCGUGGAACCAUUGAUUAUGGAUGCCCAUGGUCGGCAUGAGUUGGAUCAAUACUGUAUUGUGGCUUUGGCCACUCUGUCCAAAUAUUUUAUAGUGACCGUACGACCAAGAUUGCGGGUCAUAAAGUACCAUGUCCUUCAGGGACCUCCGGAUUGCUUGCCCCUGCUAGCCUGGCAUUUAGUCCUGAUUCAGGCGGCAGACACUUCGCGAUCCGUGGAUCCUGUGAUUGUUGUCGGCCGCGGCAAUCAGUUAUUCUUUCACCAACUCUUUGUUUCGAAUGGAAGGAUUACGCUUCUGUAUCUGCGACAUGUUCAACUGCAAGGAAGUCUGCUCUCGGCUCACUGGUUGGGACCAAAAUGCGUUGCCUCGCUGGACACAGCGGAAAUCCUUCACCUGGUGGAUGUAAGGUCCAGUAAAGAGCUCGAAUGCAUGGACAUGGCCAACGCAGGAUUGGUUUAUGGCUCAGCGCAGUUUAAAGGACUAGCCACCGGUGGAAAUGUGUCACCUGCCUUCGCUUUGGCGGGCUCAAAUGCUUGUUACAACUCUGUGGUUUCGAGAGGAACGCAGCUCUACGUCCUAGGAGCCAGGUCACUGCAUAUAAUUGGAGUAAGAACAUGGUCCGAGAGGAUUAGCUACUUGGUAAAACACCAUCGAUGGCAGGAAGCCUGCCAAUUAGCCUUAGAUGGCUAUCUCGCCUCCGUGGAUCGUCCGCGAAAACGUGCCCAAGCCAAAGAGCGUAUCAUCAUGCUCUUUAAAGAAUAUAUAGCCAAUUCCGCCCGGGCUCCCGACUAUUGCCUCGGUGCCAUUGUCAACUGCCUAAUAACCGUGGGCGAACUCGAUCUUCUCUGGUCGCAGCUGUGGGAGAAGUUGCACAACAGCAGUUUGGAGCUCUUUUUGCAGCACAUUUCCGAGCACAUCGAGCGGGAGACAAUCCACAGUGUUAAUCCCGUGAUCUCCCAAGCUUUGGUGGAUUACUGGCUGGAACAUUCCCCUGCCAAACUGGAACAACUUAUCCUCAAGCUGGAUUGGAUGUGCUUGGAUCUCAAUCAGGUGCUUAAAGCCGUUAAGAAGCAUCGUUUGUACAGAGCCCAAAUCUACCUCAACACCCAAGCCUUGAACGAUUAUACAGCCGCGCUGACGGAACUUCUGCCCUUGGUGACACCCGAGGAAACGGAUUUGGGAAACUGCCUGCUAGUCUACGUAUCUAGUUGUCUGGCUGGAAGGGGUUAUCCCAGCGGAGAAAUUCCCGUGGAGCUGGUGCAUCAAGUUAAGCACGAUGUCUUGCGCUGCUUGACCUCCCAGCAUUCCAAGGAAAACGCCGGAGAUGAGCUGCCGUAUCCGUACCUCAGGGCUCUGCUUAAGUUCGAUACGCGGGAAACGCUGAACGUUAUAUCGCUGGCGUUUCAGGAAAGAGAGUUCAGCAACGAGCUGGGUCUCUCCCAUCGCAAGAGGAUUAUCAAUCUGCUGCUGGAGAUCAUGACGCCCGAGAACGCAACGUGGGCGGAGAUUGGGUGCCUGCUGAACUUCAUUGCCCAGCAGAUUUCAAUGCAGUGUUUGCCACGGGACAGGCAGCUCCUGGAACGAGUUCUAAGUCACCUUGCGCAGGAGGAGAUCGCCCACGAAAGUAGUCGCCAGCAUUCCGAGCGGGAGAACGCCUGGCACGAGCUGCUAUCCUCCAACUGCCUAGCGGAGAUCAGCACCGAUGAGGAGCAACUGCGAUUGGCGGAACGGGCGAGGUGCUACUGUGUGGUGGAGUAUCUGCUGGAGAAACUGCAACGCUACGACACCAUUCUAGAUUGUUAUAUUCAAAACGAGGCGAGGCACGAAAUCAUGUUCGCCUACAUGGAACGACAUGUGGUGGACCCAAAACGAUGCAUUUACGGCCAGCUGAAGAGGCAUCUCAGAGAGCUACUGAAGAUCAACGCCAAGGAAACUACUCGCUUGUUGGCCCUGCACUAUCCCGAAAAGAUCCACGAACUUUUGGAUACUCUAAGAAAGGACGAGGAUUUGCUGUAUGUGUUCCUCAAGUGCCUCAACGAUCGUAAAAGCGAGCUGGAACCCAGCCAAUUGGAGUUGCUGCUUGAGCUUCAUUGUAAAAUGGAGUCGGCUUCCGCUGUUGAGGAAUUCCUUCGCUCCAAUUCGGGCUAUCGCUUGGAGCAGGCCAUUGCCAUUGCCAAAAGCCAUCACCUAAACCGAUCUGUGAUUUAUCUGUAUGAGAAGCAGGAGAGCUAUGCGAAAGCCUUCGAACUGUCCAUGGAACUGCUGAAAUCCGCCACUGGCGAAGAAGCGGCCACGGAGGCACAGACCAUUUCGGCUCUUUUAGCUCGGUCUGUGCAGACUUUACCCGCUAAGGAACUGGAACGCUGUUGGUUUGCUCUAUUGCAAUAUGUUCUGCCCCAUCAGGAGCUGCAGUCCAUCACCAAAUCUCUGCUGCACGAGGCAUCGCAGCACAUCGACUUGCACAACUUGGUUCAACUGAUCAUGAACACCCACAAUGUGUCAAGUAGCUACGGUGAUAUUAAGGACCUGCUGAUGGGCAUGCUGGAGAGUUCGAGGCAUCAAACGGAGGCUUUGCGAACUGCUGCUGGGACUCUUUGCCAAGAUCUUCACCUAAAGUUUGCGGAGCGAUAUCGACAGGCGCGUCGUGGCCUUUGGGUGACCACCACCAAGUGCUCCGUGUGCCGACAAAGGCUCUAUGAUCACAGCCAGGUGCUAAUAUUGGGUGGAUGUGGUCACGGACUGCACGAUGAGUGCAUGGAGGAGGCAGAGAAUCAGUUGGAAGAAUGCCCACGGUGCUUUUCGAAAAUUCCGGAGAAAACCAUUGGCUUGUCGAGUCCAAGUAAAAAUCUAAUCAGCAUUUCCUCCUCUUUGGAGAUGGGUGCUUUGCAGUUGAAGGCACCUCCCAGGCGAUUCUCGUAGUUCGCUUCGUGCUUUUUUGUAUAUUCCAUUUAUUCCUCAAUGUAUUUAUUGUACAACUUUGUGUAUUUUAUGUGUAAGUAAAGCAAUUGCAUGAUAA